AUGCGUUGUGUGAGACGAUCUGUUUUGGGCUCACGCGGCUUGAAGCGGCCCAUGUUUAAUUACACCCGUAUUUUUAGCAUGGGGAUCACACAGCACACAUUUACUGGUGCUCUGCUGGAGGACUUAAGGGCCGGGGGGUGCUGCGGGGAUCAAACAGAAGACAACCCUGGGAGCUCCCUUCGACAUGGGGAGCUCGACCACUUUGAAAGUCCGGAAGCCGAGGCUGCGCACGUUGAGAAGGUGAAUACCGUAGUUGAUGAUUUAUUUUCCCGGAUGCCCUUGCCCGAAGAUCCAAUGGGGGCUGCGUUGGCCCCAACCAAAGAAGAAAUGGAGGAAAAGGCCGAAUGGGAUGUGUUAAAGGAGGUUGUGCGUGAGCGAUACCAACGCAAGAUUGCACUCAAAGAGGCUGAGAGAGUCAGGAUUGAUAAGGCGAUGCAGCAUUACCGAGUGGAUAAGGAUAUUGAGGGGGGAGUCUCAGGUGUAACUGGUGCCACCGGCGAUUCUGAAAAAAUUCGAAAGAAAAUUGAGCGGAUGAAACAGGAAAUCGUUGAACUUGAGCGGCGCCUUGAAGCAGCGAACCACGAUGAUAAUUUGUAG